AUGUCUUCCAGUGAAGAUACUGCUUCUGUCAUGUCGCUUGACGACGAGCCUCUUCACCAAGCGCCUGAAGGCUACUAUGUCGGGGUCGAGUGCCCAAAUGAAGAGGAACAGUUCACUUUCACUUGUCCCUACAAGCACGACAAGAACUGGCACCAAGGUCCAUACGCGUGCGGGCAAUGCCAUGUGAACUUUGCUGCUCAACCUGCACUUCAACGACAUGCCAAGGCAAGCAAGCAUAACACCAAGUGGAUUUGUGAGGAUGAGGACUGCGAGAUGGUCGGAGAAGCUUUUGAGACAAAUGCCCUCUUUCGCCAGCAUAUUCCAGACUCGAGUGGCCACAAGUACUGGUUUGCGGAUGAGACUGCAGAUGAUGACGACUCGGUGUUCACACCAUCUGUCAACUCUGGUCAUCCGAGCGCAGAAGAUGAUGUUUUUGGGCCUUUUGCAGCAGAUGGAAAUAUCUGUAAAGAGCCCUGUUGCCGACACUACGGUACGGAUUACAAGUGCAAGUCCGAGUUCAUCCGUCACGCAGACACAGGCGCACAUCGAACUGCCGCGAAUCUUAACAAAGUCUUGCUCUCCGGCGUUCCUACUGUCUCCGCACUCCAGGCCGAGCAGGAAGGUCUUCGAUCUUUCCGUUGCACUUCUCGUCACUGCCACCGACACGGGGAAGUCUUUAGUACAGCAAAAUCAUUCUUCAACCACUUGAAAGACGACGAACAUCGCGACGGGUGGUAUGUCAAAUUCGACGACGAUGACCUAGAUUACAGUAGCGAUAGAGAUGUCUUGCCCGGAAUUCAGUUCUACGCUGGUGGCAAAAAGGGCAGAUGCGUCAACGAGAAAUGCCCUCGGUUUCGUUUCCAGUUUGACUCUUAUGGCGCUAUGAAGCAGCAUAGUAGAUCACUUGGUCACGCCCGGGCGGAAGAAGACAUGGAGUUUACUGACGCGGACGAAUCAGGCGAAGAACUCUGGAAGAAAAGCGCGGUACAUGGCAUGGAGGUCGCGGAGGAUGGAUUACUCUGGAAGUGCACCAAGCAAGGCUGCAAGAAGUUCAACGUUGUUAUCAAAGGGCUUGGAAACGCCAAGAGUCACUACAACUCUGAUACUCACCUCAUGGCCGCGGAUGAGAUCGCCACUUCAUCUGACGAAUCCGUCGAACAUAUCGAGGGCAUGGAGUCCUUGAAAGACGGCGACGGCUGGAGGUGCCUCAAGCGCGGUUGCCGAAAAUUCAACAAACUAUUCUCGCAUCUGGGCAAUGCCAAAAAGCACGCCCGCGGUGACAGCCAUGCCUUGGCCGAGGAGCCCGACUCUGCAGAUGAGAAUCUCGACGGGUUGGAGUACUCGAUGGAAGAAGGUGUCUGGACUUGUGUUAAACCUGGCUGCAAGCGAAUGAACUCCAUCUAUCAGCAUCUCGCCAGCGCCCGAAAACAUGCCAAUGCGAACUUUCAUGCUCUAGCUGAGGAACCUGCGGAGGAAAUUGUGGAGGAUAUCGAGGGCAUGGUGGCCUUGGAUGGGGGGCGUGCUUAUAUGUGUAUCAAGUUCGGCUGCAAAGGCUCGGGCAAAGCCUACUCCAACGUCCGCUCUGCCAAGUUGCAUGCAAACGCUAGAACUCACAUGAGGGCCGGUGAGGUUUCAGCUUUCAUGCCCAGUCAGUUCAAUAUGGACUUGUUCGCAACUCCGACGCGAACUCCGAGGAAUCUACUGCUUACACCCAUGGAGACAGAGGAAUCGACCAUCGUUGUCACCCCGGGGAGCCCUUCUGCUGGUCGUGGAACCAAAAUAGGCGCACGAAACAAUACCUCUGCUCGGAUUACGAAGACGAUUCGACUACGAAGGCCUUCGGUUCAUAAGCAGGAAGAGCUUGAGAGAAAAAACCGAGAGCUAGAAAGCCGUGUCGCCAAGCUAGAGAUACAGAUUGGCCAGGUCCUUGGUUUACAGAGUCCUCCAAUCAAGAACAAUGCGCACUAUCAGAGUUCUCAAAUCCAUCAGGGCUCCCGGGAUUAUCAGAGUGCGCAGUUGUUUCAGCAGGUGCCUGAAGCUGCUCAAAUUCCUGAGACUACAUGCGCGCGUGUUGAAGGUUUAUCCAAGUUUGUGCGGGCAGCGUACCGUCCUAAGAUGUCAAUGCCCGUUGACGAGGAUGAACUGUAA